GAUAUCUUCAAUUACAUUUUGACUAGUCAAAAUUCCUUUCAAGAUAUCUCAAAUGACGUCACCGGAUUCGUCAUUGAAAGGGUCAGUCAUCCGUAAUUAUAAUUUAAGAUAUCUCGAACGUAAUUAUGACUAGUCAGAAUUACAAUUUUAGAUAUCUGAAGUAAGACAUUGCGUGUAAGCCCCUCUUUGUCUGUACUGAGCUGUCCAAACAAUUGCCUGAACAUUCAAUGGCGCUGGCAGUUUUGGACAAAAUUGUAAGAAAAUGCCACAAUAUAGAAAGAGCUUUUCAGUAUGGGAUAUACGGAGAGCGCGAAAAUCGUGUACUUGAGGAAUGCUUAAGGAAUUUGCAAAGAAUUUCUGAUUUACUUUCUGCCGACACACACAAUGCCCUGAAAAACGGCCUAGAGGAGCUGAAAGCGCUACUAUCGACCCAUGUCCAAGCUGGAAAUGGGGAAUAUUCCGCAGCUCGGGCCAGUUCAGGUGGUCGAGGGAGACCGGCUAUUCAUAUUACAAGAGAGCAGAUGGACUUUCUUCUGGCCCAAGGACACACGGUCAAGAGGAUGGCAAACAUCUUUGGAUGCUCAGCAUCAUUUCUUUAUAAGAAGUCCAAAGCACUUGGUGUACCAAUAAGGGGAAGGCUGGCUGCAGUGACUGAUGAAGACCUUGAAACUAAUAUCAGACAACUUCAAUCCCUGUAUCCAAAUUCUGGGACUGAGAUGAUGCGAGGCUUGUUACAUGCACAAGGACUGGUGGUUCCACGGCGCAAAGUCCGUGAGAUGAUGGCUCGAAUCAACCCAAUGGCGACUGCAAGGAGGUGGAGCAGCGCAGUGACUCGACGUGUCUAUCAUGUGCCGUAUCCCAACAGUUUAUGGCAUAUUGAUGGCAACAUGCGUCUCAUAAGGUGGGGCUUUGUGGUCCAUGGUGGCAUCGAUGGAUGUUCUCGCUUAAUUACUUACUUGAACUGUAGCACAGACAAUCGCGCCUCAACAGUGCUAUUUCAUUUUCUCAAGGCAACAGGCCUCUAUGGCUUACCUUCUAGAGUGAGGUCAGAUCAUGGUGGCGAGAAUGUGCAAGUGGCACUGGUGAUGAACCUCCUACAGGGCACUGAACGUCGGAGUCAUAUCACUGGGGAAUCCAUCCAUAAUCAGAGAAUAGAGCGUCUUUGGAGGGAUGUGUUUUUACAUGUUCUGGAACCAUUUUACAGCAUGUUUUAUAAUCUUGAAGAUUCAGCCCUCUUGGAUCCCAGCGACGAUGUGCACAAACUUUCUCUUCACAUAGUUUUUCUUCCUGAGAUUCAAAGCCGACUAGAACAAUUCAGGAAAGCAUGGAACCACCAUUCCCUGCGUACAGAAAACAACAAAACACCAACACAGAUCUGGACUGAACGGAUGUUGGCAAACAUGGGUGCCAACAGCACAGCAACUAACAACGUGUUUGGUGAAAAUUCCAACGCACCAGAGACUCUUGAAGAACUUCUGCAACAUCAUGGCCUUUGGCCACUACCAACCACUGAUGCUGAGCAGGUCCCUAGUGUAGUUGUAGAACCACCUUAAACCAGGCUCAGUCAGCAGCAACUUCAAUCAGUUAAUCAUGCAGUCAAUCAUAUUUCUUAUCUGAUGCCAAAAUACCAGGCCUGUUGUGCAGAAAUUGCAAAUGCUUUAUUGAUUUAAAUACAUGUCACUAUGUUUGAGAAGGAGUGACAAACAUCAAGAACAAAUACAUUGUAUCAAAUACAUUCGUCUUAAGAUACAAGUACUACAAAUAAAACUUGGAAUUAACGUGAGUAGGUAACCUUACAGAUGUAAUUAUAAAAUGUUAAGGUGUUUAAAGACAUGACAAAUUAAAUGUACAUUCUGCAGGAAAAAUAAAAAUUCUACUUUUGAAAAUGUUCAUGUAUAAAUGAGUAGUGUCUCCCAACCCCAUUUUCAAAUGCAUCUUUUGGACCCUUUGACCUUCAUUAGAAUUUGAUUUUGUUGUUUUUAAUCCAAAUGAGCAGUGUUCAUUGCAUGAACUAGAACAACCAUUACAAAAGAUUAAACUACAAUGCCCAUUUACACAGC